GGCGCUGUGUCUCCACUUGGCGGGCCAGCCUGUCUUCUUAAAUGGGGGCCAGCCUGUCUUCUUAAAUGGGGGCCAGCCUGUCUUCUUAAAUGGGGGCCAGCCUGUCUUCUUAAAUGGGGGCCAGCCUGUCUUCUUAAAUGGGGGCCAGCCUGUCUUCUUAAAUGGGGGCCAGCCAGAGCUUUUGCCUGAGCAGGCGUCACUUCCUUUUUACAGGCCGCUGCAUUCAAUCAGCUGAUUCAGCACAGAGAGAGGCUGUGUCUUCUCUGGCCUCCACACUGCUACAGCCUAUCACCUCCUCCCUGCCUCCACCCUUUCCCCCUAACAAACAGCCCAGCUGACCCUCCCAUCCCCCCACAAGUCUCCACUCACACACCCAUGCCACAUGAAGCCCAGCUCUUAGUGACUGAGUGGAAAAAGUUACACCAGUCUUUCUGUGUGUUGGCCAGGCAAUCGAAUGCAGCAGCAGCACACGCCACUGUCCCACAAGCUGAGCUGCGUCUGAUCCCAGUCCUCUACUCAAGACAGCCCCAGCAUGGAGAGCCCCUUGAGUGCAGAAUCAGCUCCCCCAACCCCAGCUCCCAGAAACCAUACUCCUUCUCCAAGUCCCAGAGCUGAGGCCCAAGAGUUGAGAAUGGAGGAGAAAGAGAGAACAGCGGACACAGAGGAGGACCCUAUAUAUCUGUCUCUGUUAUCAGAGGUGUCAGUGCUUGUGGAGGAGCCAGCAGAGGAGGCAUCAGAGAAGGCUGAGGAGAGGGCUGAGAGAGAGGCUCAGAGGCAGCUCCUAGCCACAGAGGAGCUGGUCUACACAGAGAGAAACUACCUGAGACUCCUCCAGGUCUGCACCUGCACCAUCAGGAGCAACCUGCAGAAACUCCAGCCACAGCUGCCUAACCUGGACAGCAUGUUCCUGUACAUAGAGGAGGUGAUCGACGUGUCAGGGCGCCUCAUUAGCCUCCUGGACCAGAAGCAGUUGACACCCCAUGAUCCUCUCUUCCUGGAGACUCUAUGUGAUGCCUUCCUCAGUCUAUCAACAGACAUGGAGUCGGCUUACAAGGAGUACCUGGCCAACUACAACACCGUCACAGCGUUAGAGAACAGCUACAAGCAGAAAGAUGCCCUGUGGACUGAGAUAGUGAAAGUCAUCAAGUCCUCAGCGCCAGAGGUGAAUGCCACCUCUCUGAGCUUCUUCCUGGUGAUGCCAGUCCAGAGGAUCGCCCGCUACCCUCUUCUCCUCCAGACCAUCAUGAAACACACAGAGCCUGGGCACCCGGCCUACUCUCUUCUGGAGCAAACUGCCCGCACCGCCAUAGCCCUCAACUGCAGGAUCAAUGAGUACAAACGCUUCAGGGAAGUAGCCGACAAAUACAAGAAGACGGAAACCCUGACGAUAAGGGAUAAGAUGAAUCGUCUGAACAGCCACAGCAUCGCAAAGAAGACGGCCAGACUGAGUCAGUUCAUCAAACAUGAGACGGGGAUUGCACCACAGCUGGUAGAUGAGGAGUUUGAUGCCUUGGAGGGAUUUUUCUAUCUCCUUGAAAAUGGUAUCACCGUGCUACAUGAAAAUGUGGAGACAUAUCUAGACCAUCUACAGAGGUUUCUUAGCUGUCGACCGGAGGAGUUUGAUCUUGACAUGGAUGGUGAGAAGCCUGCUAUAUGCUACAAAGAAAUCAUAACAGCACUGAGACAAUGGAUACUUCCUACAUUUGAGAAGAGGAUGAGGACUUUGGUCCACAAGCCCCUCUGUGCCCUGAGAGAGCUCCUGGCGGGGCCUCGUAACCUGAUCAGUAAGCGUCUGGACAAGCUGCUGGACUACGAGCUGAUCGAAGAGAAGCCCAGUCUGAGCUACGAUGAGCAGGCGGUGGCAAACACCUAUAAGACCAUCAACACCCUGCUCCUCAACGAGCUGCCCCGGUUCAACGGCCUGGCCCUCACCCUGCUCUGGGGCAUGCUGGGGGCUUUCAGCUGCCUGCACAAGGACCUGGCUGCAGACAUGGAGCAGCUCUUCCAGGGCUUCACCCAACAGCUCCCUGGAGCCGAAUGCAACUCCCUGGAGCCGAAUGCAUUCUGGGAGUGGGCGGAGUGUUCGGUGCUGGAGGGUGCGAGGAGGCUGGAGAGCCUGUGUUGGAAUGUGAAGGACCAACUCAAUGCUCCCAUUGUCCAGCCUCUCAGCCCUGGCUCUCAGAAGCGUCUGAAGGUCCUGACAGACAAGCACGGCUCAGGGAAGAUCUACCAGCUGACGGGUCAUGUGGUGGGGACCAGAGACCUGGACCUGAGCCUGAACAGAGGAGAGCUGGUGGCCAUCAUCAGUGAGAUGGACACACGGGGGGACAAACGACGCUGGCUGGUCGACGCUGGGGGUCCAAGAGGAUACGUCCCCUCCUCCAAGCUGGUAUGUUACCACCAGGUAACCAUGGACCCUCCCCCAUCCUCUCAUCUGAUCACUACCAUGGAUCACGCUGGGGGGGUCAGACGACACUCCUGCACGCCUGACGUCAGGCGACCCUCCUACACCCCUGAUACACCCCAGCCCCGACUCGUGAGGACUAUGUCGAUGACAGUUCCCUGCCUCCAGGUGCUCGCAGGCUAUGACUUCAUGGCGAGGAGCAGUCACGAGGUCUCUCUGAGGGCGGGGGAACCAAUCAGAGUCCUGGAACCCCACGACAAGAAGGGUAGCUGUGACUGGAGCCUGGUGGAGGUGCGGGGGCAGAGGGGGUACGUGCCCUCCAACUACCUGACAGUGAUGCCCACAUCCACGACACCCACCGCCCCCUACCGCUAGGGUUGCCCUGGGUAACCAGCCACCAGCCGGUCUGAGCUAGACACUGCCACUCGACCCUUCA